AUGCCUACCGUCCGCACCUUCAAGUCCUUCCUCCUCGGUCUCCUCCUCGUCGUAGCAUACUGCUCCUUCGUCCUCAACAUCAUCCAGAUCGUCAAGGUCAAGCGGGGUGGUGAGACCUACCCCGCCGCGGUCGUCGCUCUCCUCGUGGCGACCCUGCUUCAGACCUUCCACUCGGUCAUUCAGUUCGCCCGCGGCUCGCGCGGAAAGAUGUUCGUGGCCAAGAACAUUGCCAUUGCGAACGGUAUCCUCGCUCUCUUCGUUCUUGCCUCGGUCAUCGCCACCACCGUCCUUCGCGACACCACCAACUACUGCGGCCCCGCCAACACCAUCCGCAACGACUGCUCCGGUGUCCUCAAGGGCACCAUGGGUCUCGGCUGGUCCACCUUUGGCCUCCAGCUCAUCUACCUCGGCUUCCUCGCCUACCUCGUCAAGGGCCACGGCAACUGGAACGAGCAGCUCUGGAACAUCCCCUACGUCCCCGCCGCCAACGCCGACAUGGACAAGGCUCCCGCUCACUAA